AUGGUCAGCGGUGCUCACCACCACCGCCACCGCCACAUGAAUGAUCCAGCUCUAGCUAGAUUUCCCGGACCUCACCACCAGCACCAUGGCAUCCCACCCCACAAGCUGGUAGCGCGCAACACCAGCGCGGAAUACAAGUCCAUUGCUUACUUCGUCAACUGGGCAAUUUACGGCAGGAACCACAAUCCCCAGGACAUCCCCAUCGAUAAACUGACCCACAUCCUCUACGCGUUCGCCAACGUCCGCACCAACGGCGAAGUCUACCUUUCCGAUCCAUGGUCCGACAUCGAUAAGCACUUUCCUGGUGAUUCAUGGAGCGAUACCGGAAAUAACGUUUACGGAUGUGUUAAACAACUUAAUCUCUUGAAGCAGAAGAAUGGCAAUCUCAAGGUGCUUCUAUCGAUCGGGGGCUGGACAUACUCGAGCAAUUUUGUGACCCCAGCGAGUACGGAUCAAGGCAGGAAGACUUUCGCUUCUUCGGCUGUCAAGUUGCUGGCCGACUUGGGCUUUGAUGGAUUAGACAUUGAUUGGGAGUACCCUGCCAACGAAUCCCAAGCCACAGACAUGGUUUUACUCCUACGCGAGAUCCGAGAGGAACUAGACAAAUACGGCCGCGAACACGGCAACGGAACCCAUUUUCUCCUAAGCAUAGCCACCUCAGCAGGUCCCUCAAAAUACAAUACCCUCCACAUAUCCAGUAUGAACCUCUACCUCGACUUCUGGAACCUAAUGGCCUACGACUACGCCGGCAGCUGGGAUACAACCGCAGGACACCAGGCCAAUCUCUACCCAUCACGGGACGACCCUGUCUCAACCCCCUUCAACACGGAUCAAGCCAUCUCCGCGUACCUGACCGCCGGCGUUCCCGCCCAUAAAAUCAUUCUCGGUAUGCCGCUCUAUGGGCGCGCCUUCACAAACACCGACGGACCGGGCAAGCCGUAUAAUGGUGUCGGUCAGGGAAGCUGGGAGAAUGGGGUCUGGGACAACAAAGCGCUUCCUCCUGCAGGGGCUAGUGUUUCUGAGUUGAGAAGUAUUGGUGCGAGCUACUCGUAUGACGCUGGCAAAAAGACGAUGAUUAGUUAUGAUACGCCUGUCAUUGCUAGGCAGAAGGCGGAUUAUAUCAGAAGUAAGGGCCUUGGGGGUGCGAUGUGGUGGGAGACUUCUGGGGAUAAGGCUGGGGCGGAGAGUUUGAUUUCUACGGUCGUGGAUUCACUAGGUGGUAUCGGCGCUCUGGAUAAGUCGGUCAAUCACCUGGAGUACCCCGAGUCGCAGUAUGACAAUGUGAAGAAGGGGUUCCAUUGA